CUUUGUGAGUUUCGAAGAAGGAAUUUGAAAAAAAGAACGAAAGAAAAGAAGGAAAAGAACGUGUGAAAAAGCAACGAACUCGUGUUGAACGAGGAAGAUGGCGGGCUUAGUAAAUCGUCUCACGAUGGGAGGUCUUGCGCUGUUGAUCGCUUUCUGCUUCGUCGUACGAAGUGCAGUCGUCAUCGCGCACGGACAGCAUGAACAUCUAUUACAUAGACAAUUUGGUGAUAAACUCACGCUAGACGAGGAGGACGCGUGAACAAGCGGCGUGGAACGAUGCCGUCGUCUAAUCUGACGUGAGCCGCGCGCCAUCAGAGCGGAUCUUCUCUAGUCGAGUUGCGUAACACGUAACGAUAGUGAGAGCGUGCACAGAGGACGGUGCGAGAUAUAACGACGAGUGAAGCGUUGGCCUGGCCAGAGAUCAAGAUCGAGUCAAGCCUGGCCUGACGGGAGAUCUCCUUCUCGAGAAUUCAUCGGGAAUGACGACCAUUCGAUUUGGGCCGUUGAAACGACGCCGAGAGGAGGAAGACGUUUCAACGGCGGUACGAGAAUGACAACGAUCAGGACGGUGGUCGGGAUCUCGAGGAUCCUGGUCCUCGUUCCUGUCACCGUCUGCGCGACCAUUUCUUACGUCGGUGAAGAACCGCCGCGAUGCAGCAACCGAACACCGCCACUUCAGACAUUGGCGAAAUGUCAAUACGACGCUGAUUGUAUGAAGAAUGCUUAUUGCUGGAACCAGGAAGCCUGUUUGUGCAAGGAAAAUUACAUUGUCUAUAAAAAUCGCACGCACGUGGAAUGCCUCAAAGUUGCGAACGCUAUCGGGGAUCCUUGCGAGGCGGACGUUCAGUGUCGCGUGACCUUCGCUCCUUACUCGGAGUGCCGACAAAAUAUCUGCCAAUGCUCCGAUGGUUCCCACUACGUGGAAGGAAGAUGUUACGAGUCUGUAGGUCUAGGAGAGCCUUGUCAAACGCAUCGAAACUGCUACAUCAGAGACAGUUACUGCGUGACAGGAUAUUGCGCAUGCACUUUGAAGUAUCAUCCUAAUCCUCGCAAUGAUGGUUGCAUACCAAGUAUCGAAUUAGGGGAAAAGUGUUUGAAGGAUUACGAAUGCGUGGCGGAGAAUUCGAGAUGCAUCGAUAUUUGUUCGUGCAAAGUAGAUCAUGUAUUAUCGAAAGAUGGUAAACAAUGUCUGAAAGUUCGCAAUUCUGUGGGGGAAUCGUGUCAAGAGAAUUCUCAAUGCCAAUUGGGCAUCAAAGAUUCCGAAUGUGGAUCUGAUGGUAAAUGCAGUUGUAUCGAGAAUUUCCAUCAACGAGGCUCCGUAUGUUUCAGAGAUAUGAUGUUGAACGAUCGAUGUCAAAGUCAUAGAGAUUGUGUCACCGUCACUUAUAAGCAUUCCAACAUUACCGAAGUGAUGAACGUCGAUUGCAUAGACAAUACAUGCGUUUGCGCCAAGGAUUACAUUAUGUCGAAGGAAUUAUACGAUUGCAUCCGAUAUAGCGACAACGGCGCUGAAAGUACAAUUUCUUGGCAACAGAUUUUUCGAAUUCUUCCUUUUAUAUUUUUCUCGACUUUUUUGAUAAUUUGAGCAUUAGAAAAAAGUCUAAAAAAAAAAAAAAAAAAAAAAGUAACACAGUUGUUUACAAUUUUAUCAACGUAUAAUAAUGUUUUAAUUGUACAAUUAUAUAUUUAUUCGAAUAUUUUUUUAGUUUUAUUGUAAAUACGUUAUAUUUAUAUAUAGAUAGAUAGAAAAAAAAAAGAACAUAUCGCUACCAAAGAUAAGUCCAUUUCCUCUGCGUGUUAACUAUCAGUCGAUUCAUA